AUGUCUGAUCAUAUGGAUUCUAUUACUCCUUCGCCUGGUGGCUUGCGGAUACUGCCGUUCGGCUUGGUGAAUCCUCAUGCUACUGCCAUCAAUAUUGGGUCAGUAGUAGUGAUUUAUCUCGUUCUUUUCGCUUUAGAUGAGAAAUUCAUAUCAUCAUAUCAUUCCACCACUAUCAUGACGGACGAUUACUUCAACCUAGGCUCGUACAGCCGAACCGAAUUGUGCCAUGGCGUACUGGGGCCUGGCCUAUGCCCGGGACCAAACUACAACAAGGCCUGGAUUCGUUUCGACCUAGCGGAUCUGGCCACCACUAUUACGGAAAUGAGACCCGUGCUCCAACGCGCCCAGGCCCUGGCAGCACAGGGGGCAAGUCCGGCCGAAAGGGCUGUAAUUGAGGCCUUGAAGGCUCGAUUUCCCAAAGAUGAUGAUGAAACGAAGCCAGAAAACCUGGAUCUUCAUGCGUUGGAUCGUGCCUAUGCAGAAGCCAUGCGACCUGUCUACGAAGCUUAUCCGGAGGACCCUGAUAUUGUGGCUCUUUUUGUCGAGGCGCUCAUGUGCAUAUCCCCACGGGCUCUGUGGAAUCUUGACACAGGUGAACCCUGUGGUCCGCAUACCACUGAGGCUCGUCGGGUUCUUGAGAAGGCCAUGACCUCCCUUCCUGGGGGCAGUAGCAAUCCGGCAUACUGCCAUCUCUAUAUCCAUCUCAUGGAGAUGGCGCCGUAUCCGGAGAUUGCUUUACCAGCUGCGGAUCGCCUUCUGCGACUCGUGCCGGAUGGUUCGCAUAUGCUGCAUAUGCCUAGCCAUAUUUACGUCGCUUGUGGUGACUACCGAGCGGUCAUUGAUUCGAACAACCAAGCCAUGAUUGUCGACGACAAAUACUUUGCCAGGGAGCCGGGCACCAUCUUAUAUAUUAUGUACCGAGCGCACAACAUCUACGUGAAAGUCUAUGGCGCAGUCAUCUCCGGAAACUUUGCAGAGGCGAUCUCCGGUAUGAAGCGCCUUCAGGAGAUCCUCACCCCCGAGCUCUUGUCUAUAACCAGCCCCCCGAUCGCCAAUUGGGCAGAAGGGUUUCUGGGUGCCAUAGCCCAUGUGUUGAUCCGCUUUGGACGGUGGGAUGAUAUUCUCGAUUUACAGCUCCCCGAGGACAAGGAGCUAUUCGCCUCUACGACAGCGAUGAUAUACUAUGCCCGCGGCAUUGCUUUGGCGGUACUUAAUCGAGUGGACGAGGCCCAAGAAGAAAGGAAGAAAUUUGAGGCUGCCCGCGAAAAGGUUCCACCAUCUCGCUUGAACAGUCUGCCCGUUCGCGAGGUGGACGUCCUUGAGAUCGGGUCGGCUAUGCUGAAAGGAGAGAUCGAGUAUCGCCAGGGCAACUUUGAGGAGGCUUUCAAUCACUUGAGACAAGCGACAAAGCUGGAGGAUAACCUGGUCUAUGCGGAUCCUCCGCCGUGGAUGCAGCCUGCGCGACAUGCCCUGGGGGCUUUGCUUCUUGAACAGGGUCAUGUUAGCGAAGCACAGCAUGUGUAUGAAGAAGAUCUGGGAUUGAGUGAGACCCUCCCACGUCGGAAGGCAAGACUGAAUAAUGUCUGGAGUUUGCAUGGCUUGUAUGAGUGUCUGGUCCGGCAAGGGUUGCACGACAAGGCCCGGUAUAUCCGUGCUCAACGCGACGUUGCGCUGGCUUCGGCGGAUGUUCCCAUCAAUGCUUCGUGUUUCUGUCGUCUUUCGGCGGUUGAGUCGACCAGCGCUUGUUGCUCACCUCCCAUAUCUGGUUUACCUCUUUGGGAAACCAGAUUGGCCGACGGACAAAUGAUUACCAAAAGCGGUAAGACGCCGGGCCGGACUUCUACUUCUUCUCCGUCGCGAUCUUCCUCGGGAACGAUAUCCAGGACUCCUAAGAGGUCUAGAAACAUAAGAGAAGAUGUGCUACAUGAGGGUGCCGGCCGGCAUUCACCUGCUGGGCCUUCGCUGCAUACACCGCCGUCUACUGUCACGGAUGGGAGUACGGACAAUAUUGGAGAUGCUGCUGUGAGAAGAUCUAUCUUUCGAUCGUCGCCGUUGAGUGCGGUGGGUUCGACACAGGGAAGAACUGGCCCUCGGUAUUCUCAGGUACAGUUUCAUCGUGACGCGGGGCAGAUCUCGUCCUCGUCAGGGGAUGGUAGCUUUUUUCAAAAUCUGUCCCCGUUGUCAUUUCGAGGCAAGCAGCAAAGAACCCGGUUCUUUGGACGGAGUCACUGGGCGACUACCCUUGGAAUGCUAACGAGUCAACUGAAGUUCCCCGAUUUCAGCGCCCAUUUGCAUGAGUACUAUCGAAACAAGCAAACUCCCACCAACCCAGGUUUUACGGAUUAUCUGACCCUGAGACGACUCAAGCACGAUCUAAGGGGACCUGAUAGACGACGGCAGGGGGGUCAAGUACCCUCCUCAAAACUCAAGCUAGUUGAAUUGUUGCCCGAUCGUCCUCUAGCUGAGUACUUGAUGCAGCUGUACUUCUCAACCUUCGAGACCACACUGCGCAUAUUACACGUCCCAUCAUUUACCAGCGAAUGGGACGCCUUCUGGGAUCGUAGCGCAUCCCACAUUGACGGAUCUCUCAACAGCAACAAGACCGACGUAUUGAUCGCGAAACUCCUCAUGUUAAUGGCAUGUGCCAGCUGCUUCGCUACCAAUAAGGCCGAACCACUAACAUCUGCCGGCUUCAACCCGCAUUCAUUGAUACAGAGGUGCCAGAAAUGGAUCGAAGCAGUCACCACAUGGCUAGCAUCCAUGACAAGCCACGCCCAAAUGAAUUCAGACGUGAUCCAGAUCAAAUGCCUAUUACUGCUCGCACAGCAAGCAACCGCCCAAGAGGGCGACCUAGUCAGCAUGGCCUCCGGCUCACUACUCCGCGAAGCGAUGCUAAUGGGCCUUCAUCGGAACCCAUGCAACUUCCCCAACGUCUCCCCGUAUUGGGCCGAACUGCGAAAACGCCUCUGGCUGACGAUCAUCGAGCUGGAGCUCCAAGCCUCCCUAUAUAGCGGGAUACCAUUGGCAAUAUCAUGGGACGAAUUCGACUGUCCCUUGCCAUCUGAUAUCGACGACGAGGACUUUACCAUCGAGUCACCGCGCCUACCUCCCCCAAGACGAUCUGAUACCUUAACCAGAACGUCCUUCCAGAUUGCUCUCGCGCGGACCUUGGAAACCCGAAUGGCAAUAUCCAAGAUCGUCAACCGGGUACGUCUGAGCGCAACAUACGAUAAUGAAAUCAUGACCCUCAGCGAACGCCUCACAACAGGACUGGCGCAGGCCCCGCCAGAUCUCCGCGACGACACCGGCACAACAACCACCGCAGGUGGUUCACCCGACAACAAUAGCAGCACCUCACCCUUCCGCCGCUCAUUCUUCCUCUUCCUGCACUACCGCAGCCUCCUCGCUCUGCACCGACCCUUCUUCCUGCGCUUCUCAGAAACCCCCGACGAACCCUUCAAUUAUUCCAGACGAGUAUGCAUACAGACCAGCCUAGCUCUACUUUCUCAGCUAGAACACUUCUCAAACCACUGCCCCAACAACAACCACCCAUCACCACCACCAGCUGUAAAUAACAACCAUACUCCCCCACACAUCCUCCACCUCAAAGGCGGCCUAUUCCGGGACGACAUCUUCCACGCCGCGGCAACCAUUUGCUUCGAGCUGCGCCUACAAACCAAAUCCCAGGACCGCGUAAUCGAUCCUCCCUUACCGGGUAGUAAUAUCUCGAAAUACAUGGACCAAAGUGUCCAUUAUCAACGGAUGGCACUGUUCGAGGGCGUGGAUAAUGCGAUUAGGUAUUUCGAGGGAAAGGUGCGGGUGGAGAAGAGAGCGACGAAGAUGUUUAGUAUCUUGAUGAUUCUGUUUAUGGUGGUUAGGAGUGAGAUGGAGGGGGUUCAGAUGGAUGGGGGUGGAGUAAGGGAUGUGUUGAGGGUUGAUGAUGCUUGUCCGAUUGCGUCGCGGAGGUGUAGGGAGGUGUUAUUGGAGGGGUAUCAAUAUCAGGAUGAACAUAUUCAAGAAGGAGAGAGUGGUUGGAUAAUACAGCAUCUAGCAUAUUCAUCGCAAAUGCAGGGUUCGGAGACAGAAUCCGUUGGAGAUGCGUGUCAUCAUACAAAUGCUCUGCGGCCUAUGGGUUGGGACGAGGCUGUGGGUGGUGAUUUGAGGCAUCUCGAUUUCGACUGGUGUUUCGCGCUUGAUCCGUUAUCUCCUUAUCCGAUGAAUAACUGGUCGGAUUUGGAUCCUUUGGUUAUAGGUCAAUCCUUUAGAUACACCUACCAGUGUGGUUCCUGUCGGCGUAUGAGCAACCCCCGCCCAGAACCCCGACCAGUGGAACAUAACUUGGACAGCCUACCCCAUACUGGUGGUGCAUGUCUCAGUGCACACUCCCAGGAUGGACAGAAAAUUGAUGCAGCUGGUGCAUAA